AUGGUAUCUAGGAACACAAUCAAGAAUGAUAUUUUAAAGAGUUUUGACAAUUUGAAAUCAAAAACUUCUAAGUUGUUGGAAAAACUCACAAGUAAAAUUGCAAUAACAACUGAUAUGUGGACCUCAGACAAUACCAAAAAAGGGUUUAUGGCUAUUACAACACAUUUUAUUGAUGAUUCAUGGAGGCUUCAGAGUCAUAUCCUGAGAUUUAUUUAUGUUCCCGCUCCACAUGAUAAGGAUACUCUAUGUGGUGCGUUGCUCAAUUGCUUGUUAGAGUGGAAUCUUGAGAAUAAAAUAUCAACAAUUACUGUUGAUAAUUCUAGCACAAACAAUGUUAUGAUGAAAACCUUGUUAGAUGAGAAACUUUGUAAAAGAGAUUUGUUGUUGAUGGGUCGAGUGUCGCAUGUGCGUUGUGCCGCACACAUCUUAAAUUUAAUUGUGCAAGAAGGGUUAAAGGUGAUAGAAGAUGGUAUCAGUAACGUGCGCAACAGUGUCUUAUAUUGGAUAGGGUCUUCAGGCAGAAUUGAAAGGUUUGAAGAAGCUGCAUGGUUGCUACAUAUUUCUUGCACAAAAAAGUUAGAGUAUGAUUGCCCUACUCGUUGGAACUCAACAUAUUUAAUGUUGAGAACAACCUUAGAUUACAAAGAGAUUUUUUCUAAGUUGAGUAUGAAUGAUACCAAUUAUCGUUGUUUUCCAACCGAAGGGCAAUGGAGUGCAGCAGAAGAAGUUUGUGUAAAGUUGAAGCUCUUUUAUCAUGUCACCGAACAAUUUUCGGGGAGUCAAUAUCCAACUUCAACUCAAUACUUUUCAAAAGUUUGUGACAUUAAGCUAGAAUUAGAAGCUUGGGUAAAAAGUUUAAAUCCUUUGAUUAGCUCUAUGGCAACGUCAAUAUUGUUGAAAUUCAAAAAAUAUUGGGACGAUGUACAUAUAUUGAUGGGUGUAGCUACUAUUUUUGAUCUGAGGUAUAAGAUAAAGUUGGUGGAAUUCUAUCUUGUACAAAUUUAUGGUGAAGAAGCUUCUUUGGAUAAAAUUCAAGAAGUUCGAAACCAUUGUUUUGAUCUCUUUCAAGAGUAUCAGAGUAGAAAACUUACUUCACAUGAGUCAUCUCAAGCAUCUAAUGAAGUUGUUGGUAUUGUUGAUGGUGAUUGGUUCUAUAGUUUUGAUCAAUUUGUCGCGUCGAGUAGGGCGAAUGUGGACACAAGAUCGGAAUUGGAUGUGUAUUUAGAAGAAAGUUUGCUACCUAGUACACCAUCAUUUGACAGUUUAAGUUGGCAGAAGACAAACGGAUUAAAAUUUCCUACUUUGCAAAAGAUGGCUCGUGACCUCUUAGCCAUUCCUGUCUCUACUGUCGCUUCAGAAUCAGCAUUUAGCACUAGUGGGAGGUUGAUUAGUCCGCAUCGUAGUAGACUUCAUCCUACUACUUUGGAGGCUUUGGUGUGUGCUCGUACUUGGUUGUGGAAUGAAAUAAAUGGUUUAACUUCAAGUAUCGACAAAGUUUCGUGUCCAACUUUACUUAAAGAAGAGGAAGAACCAGAUUCAA